UCCACUGGAGGACACGCACUGUGCAUCAUCUCCCCUCAGCCAGCCGUGCCUCUGUGGCUCUUGGAAUAAACAAACAUUCCCCGAAGAAGCACAGGAGCGAAUAACCAGCAGCAGAGAAGUGAUGGAUGAAAGAAUACCGCAUUUACAGGACAGGCAAUUUAUGGAGCACGCAGAUUUCUUGGGGGUGGACUACCCCUCUCUCUACAUGUGCAAAUCCAAAAGAGGAAUCAAACGAGAAGAUGGUGGCAAGGACGCAUACAAGUUACCACACCGAUUGAUAGAGAAAAAGAGAAGAGACCGAAUCAACGAAUGUAUUGGCCAGCUGAAGGAUUUGUUACCCGAACAUCUGAAGCUAUCGACGCUCGGGCAUUUGGAGAAAGCAGUUGUCCUGGAGUUAACAUUGAAGCAUUUAAACGCACUGACUGCUGUCACCGAGCAGCAGCACCAAAAGAUCAUUGCUUUGCAGAAUGGGGACCGGUCGAUGAAAUCUUCCAUUCAUGCAGACCUGGAAGCCUUCCACUCCGGGUUCCAAGCCUGUGCCAAAGAGGUCCUGCAGUACCUGAGCCAGUUUGAGAACUGGACGACACGGGAGCAGAGGUGCGCGCAGCUCAUCAACCACCUUCACAAGGUGCUGGCGCAGUUCCAGUCCGGCGGGCUGCCUCUCCAACACCAGCUACCCACCGGGGACGCACAAGAUGGGCAGAAAGCUGACAGCCAGGCCAACUGUGUCCCGGUCAUCCAGAGGACCCAAGGCGGGGAGCUUAACGAGAAUGACACAGACACGGACAGUGGAUACGGGGGCGAGGCUGAAAAGAGCGAUAGCAAAGAUAAAGAAUGUGAGCGCAAUACGACGGAGGGACCCAAGGCGGUGAAGAUCAAGCAGGAGUUUGGAGAUGAACGCGCUGCCAAAAAACCAAAGAUGAACUGGUCUGGGAACGGGUUAGGGGGCGCGGACCCCACCAGGCCCGAUGUGGCGCUUAUGAACUCUCUGAUGGGAAUAACCAGUGUAGGACAGCAGACACCCAUUUGCAUGCCUUUCUACUUUAUCAACCCCUCAGCCGCAGCGUCUUAUAUGCCUUUUUUCGAUAAGAGCAAUCUCGAAAAGUACAUGUAUCCAGCUGCGGCUGCUCUUGCACCCCCUUUCCCCUGGCUAUACCCCGCACAUGCUUCAGCAGCGGCGGCCGCGGCUGCAGCUGCUGCUUUCCCCGGCUUGUCUGCGCACUUUGGAGCCUCUUCUCAACGCAAGGACUCCCUCUCUCCAGACAGCGAUGGGUCACGCGAGGCUGAGACAGGCUCACCUGAGGAGCGCGAGGAAAGUCCCGCGGGUGACGACGGUAACGAUGACGUAGCUGACAUGUCCCAGGAGAGCAAGAAUAGCCCACACCAUCAGUUUUCUGCGUGUCAAGCGAGCUAA